AUGGAUACUCUUGUGGCAAGAUAUGGCCGUCCCGCCUACGAGCAAAACGAGCCCUUUGAGGACGAAACGCAGGAGCUGAUGAACCCAAUGUCGAGCCUCUUGGGCAAGUUUGCCAUGCCCCCUGUUGCCCAGGAAAGCAUGGAUUUUGUCGGUAAAACUGGCAUGUUUGGAUGGAUCAAUGCAAAUUCGGAGGCUGACCUGGGUUUCCUUCCGAAACAGCCCUCGUCCUGGCUCCGCGCCGCGACGGACGAUCGAUCAAAUGCCGAUUGCCCCAUCAAGAUUGCACACGGUACUACGACGCUUGCUUUUCGCUUCCAGGGCGGUAUUAUCGUGGCGACGGACUCGCGAGCCUCGGCCGGCAACUGGAUCUCGUCCCAGACGGUCAAGAAGGUGAUUGAGAUCAACAGCGUGCUGCUGGGCACCAUGGCCGGUGGCGCGGCCGAUUGCCAGUACUGGCUCGCCUGGCUGGGCAUGCAGUGCCGACUCCAUGAGCUGCGUCACAAGCGCCGCAUCAGCGUCGCCGCCGCGAGCAAGAUUCUCGCCAACCUCGUUUAUUCCUACAAGGGCAUGGGCCUGAGCAUGGGUACCAUGUGCGCCGGCGUCACCAAGGAGGAGGGCCCGGCUCUCUAUUACGUCGACAGCGAUGGCACCCGGCUCGCCGGUAACCUCUUCUGCGUCGGCAGCGGCCAAACGUUUGCGUACGGUGUGCUGGAUGCCGAGUACAAGUAUGACCUCAAGGUCGACGAGGCGCUGGAGCUCGGAAGAAGAAGCAUCCUGGCGGCCACGCACCGCGAUGCCUUCUCUGGUGGUUACAUCAACCUCUACCACAUCAAGGAGGACGGUUGGGUGAAGCACGGGUUCAACGAUACGAACCCCAUCUUCUGGAAGACGAAGCUUGAGAAGGGCGAGUUUUCCAACGUGUCGAGCGAAUUGGAAUAG